UGAGUUGUUUUCCAUUUCUCGUGUAGUGGUUCCAGCAGUGGAAAACUCACAGCAUCCCGAUUUGGACCAAUUUUUCGCCUAUCGGUGGUAGCUUUUUCUCUUCAUCUCGAUAAGGCAGAGGGUUAAUUUUGCGUUCAUCGAUUACGAACUAGACUAGGUGAAAUCAAUUGCUGCCGCGGUUUAGGAAUUUACAGCAAGUGAGAGAUGGGUGUGUUUGACGCAUAAUUUUUAAUUCAGAUCUUUAGCCUGGAGGAAGCGGGAGCAGGAAGAGCUAAAAAUCAAGAAUUAUAAGAAGAGACGCUUGCAGAGGAAAAAAACAGAACAAACGAAGUAAUAGUGAGUGAUUUUUGAUUUUUUCCAAACUGUUUUCUAUUGUCUUUUUUGCUACUGUGAACACAAAACACGAACGAAUCGCAAAACUAAUAUCAUCGACGAAAACAGGAUUUAAAAUCAAGAAAAUACCUACACAGAACAUAACCGCCUGAAAAUGGGAGCUAAAGGUAGUGUAGAAGCUGCCAAAAUGAACGCCGAUGGCUGGGGCCACUUCGAGCGUGGCAGCAGCCGCCACUACAGCCACAGACACAAUCAGCGAUCGCAGUCGCUGAACCGAGGCCAAGCACUUUCCCGGGCCGAUGUGAGUGGGAUGUGGUGACAGCAAGGAACCUCAGGAGGACAGGCUGGAUGCCCAA